AUGUUGAAGCAAAAAGCCUUAGUUGAUGUGCUCGGACAGGUUAACACAAGCGGUGUUGAUGGAUCGUGGCUUUUCAAUAAAGAAGGAUUGCUUCUGGCUUACGUCGGAAGUGAACAGAAAACUGUCGCAUCCAAUGUUUCAUCUGCACUUCUUGCCAGUGUCUGGUCAGCUCUUGAGAGAAGAGCAAGUGACCUAAAAGAGACCAUUCUCGUUCUGGAGGAUGGAGUCAUCGGAUGCACAAUCGUCGCUCGUUCAAUGCUGCUCGCUGUGAAAGCCAACAAGAAGGCUGAUUUGGGAAUGGUUCGCGCGAAACUUCACUCACUGUCCGCUUAUCUCGAGCAGCCGAUUUUGUCGAUUUCACACGAUUUGGGAUAA